AUAAUCUGGAGCAGUUAUUCAAACCCUGCUCCAGACAAUGGGGUCAAACGACACAUUAUCUAAUUUAAAACACGUCCAAAACAACGUCCGUCGUGUUUUUAACGAAUUUGUUCAUAAGCACUUUAACGUGGAUAAUAACCCUCCAUUUAUCGUUAGACCAGUCGUGUGCAGUUGCGCUUUUUAGCCGGUUUUAGCUGGCCAGCUAACAGUUUGCUAGUCUAAAGUUAGCCUCGGCAGCUAACAGUUUGCUGGAUUGCUAGGCUAAUGUUAGCCUCAGUCGCUAAUAGUUUGCUAGGCUAACGUUAGCCUCGGUAGCUAACAGUUUGGUAGCCAAACGUUAGCCACAACGUCAUCACCGACGUGUAACUGGCUGAACGGUCGUCACAAAUCAGCUGAGGCUAGCUGGCUAGCUGUCCUAAAACAUCACAUUGAGCGGGUUACCUGGAGCUCUGGAUAUCCUAGAACUCUGCUGCUGCCUCCAAGAUGAGGAGAUUGACCAAGAAGAAGGCUCUGACUCUGGUCAAAGAGUUGGACGCCUUUCCUAAAGUGCCCGAGAGCUACGUGGAGUCCACAGCCAGCGGUGGGACAGUGUCUCUGAUAGCCUUCACUCUCAUGGCUGUCCUCGCCUUCCUGGAAUUCUUUGUAUACAGAAGCACAUGGAUGAAGUAUGAAUAUGAAGUGGACACGGAUUUCAGCAGUAAACUGAGGAUAAAUGUGGACAUCACAGUGGCUAUGAGGUGUCAAUAUGUUGGUGCAGAUGUGCUGGACCUGGCAGAGACCAUGGUUGCUUCUGAUGGCUUAAAAUAUGAACCAGUCCACUUCGAACUCCCACCACAAUACAGAUUGUGGCACAUGACUCUUCUGCACAUCCAGGAGCGUCUGAGAGUGGAGCACUCGCUGCAGGACGUGCUGUUCAAGUCUGCAAUAAAAGCAGCUCCUCCUGUCAUGACUCAAAAUGAAGACAGUGGCACUUCGCUCACUGCCUGCAGGAUACAUGGACACAUGUACGUCAACAAGGUGGCGGGAAAUUUCCACAUUACAGUUGGCAAGUCCAUCCCGCACCCCAGAGGUCACGCACAUCUAGCUGCUCUCGUCAGUCAUGACAGUUAUAACUUCUCUCACCGCAUUGACCACCUCUCCUUUGGAGAAGCUGUCCCUGGAUUAAUCAACCCCCUGGACGGCACGGAGAAAGUCGCACCUGAUGCUAACCACAUGUUCCAGUACUUCAUCACCAUCGUGCCCACGAAACUAAACACCUACAAAAUCUCCGCAGACACACAUCAGUACUCCGUCACCGAACGGGAGCGAGCGAUAAACCAUGCUGCAGGCAGCCACGGAGUCUCGGGGAUCUUCAUGAAAUACGACAUCAGCUCACUGAUGGUUAAAGUCUCCGAGCAUCACAUGCCCCUGUGGCAGUUUCUCAUCAGACUCUGCGGCAUCAUUGGAGGCAUUUUCUCCACCACAGGCAUAAUUCACGGUAUUGUCGGAUUCUUCGUGGAUAUAAUUUGCUGCCGUUUCCAAGUGGGCGUCUAUAGACAACUUAGUACCGAUCCUGAGCCCGAUGUGCAGAACAACACUGAAGCUCUGGUUCCUACAGAAGAUUUACCUCAGUGAUGAGACGACACCAGCAACGAGACGCUGGGGAAAUGUUUACACGGUUUGAUGAAAAUGUGCUUUGUUCAGAAAUGUGUAAUAUUUUUAGAUUUUUAAAAAUAUUUUUAUGAAGCGGAUGUCAGAUUCAGAUGCGACCUCAUCCAUCUUGGAAUGAUUGUAAUCGGUGCCUUCGUUAAUUAUCCAUGACCGUCACUGGAACGCAGGAGUUGAUUACACUAAAUACGACGUAUAUACACGCCCGCCCUACGCCCACGCGUUAUUCAGGCUCUUUGUUUUAACACACAGUGUGUCACCUGACAUCUCCCUGACGGAUUAGUUUCGCAUGUUUAAUGUGGAGCAGCGUAAACGAGAAUCUUCUUUGAUAUAGUUCUACCUCCAGAUACUCUUUAGCUGUAAAAAUCAGCUCCGAUGAAGAACAUAACCUGUGUAUGUGUGUCGGGGCCUUCAAAGGGAAACUGUGAGAGAAAACCUGAGGGGUUUGUGGAUGUGUUUGUGCGUAAAUGAUUGUUGAACAAGGAGGCUGAUGUGUUCAUUAAAAUACAAUUUCAACUUGG